AUGUCGUCCGACGCCGCCAAAGGCCAGGAGGCUUUAAAAGUCUCCGACUAUGCUGCAGCAAUUAAUCACCUUACGACCGCUCUCAAGACCUCGCAAUCGCCUCUCUGGCUGAUCCAGCGCUCGACCGCAUACCAACGAACAAACCAGCACGAGCUCGCUCUCGCAGACGCGGACAACGCGCUCCUCGCCAGCAUCAACCGUGGCAAGCGGGAUCUGAUCGCUACCUCGCACUUCCGACGAGCAGUUGCGCUCCAUGGCAUGGGGAGAUUCGGCGAUGCUAGACUUUGCCUCAACUGGUGCAUGCAGAAGAACCCGAAGGAGAAGUGCCUGACGAUGUGGAUGGCGAAGGUCAAGGCGGACUACGAGAAGGCUGGAGGAGAAGAGGCCGAGUGCAACAAGAAGUCUGUGAAGGAGAUCCCAGACAAGGUCGAGGAGGUCGUUAAGCCGAAAGAGGAGAAGAAGGCUGUGGAGAAGCAUCAGGUUGCGGAAGUAAAUAAUGCUCCCUCGGGGAUGGUCGCGCCUGUUGCGCCAGCAACUACGCCCAAGGAGAAGAUCAGAACGGAAUGGUACCAAUCCACAACGACGGUCACAGUCGAGAUAUUCGCCAAGGGUGUCCCCAAGGAGAACGCCGAAGUGAAGAUGGAGUCAUUCACUCUCCAUGUCAGCUUCCCAAUCGGCAAUGCCAGCUCGUUCGAGUACUCCAUAGACCCUCUGUUCUCCGAAAUAGCCGUGUCCAAGAGCACCUUCCGCAUUACACCCCACAAGAUUGAGAUUGUUCUCCACAAGUCCUUCCCGGGCCUUAAAUGGUCCUCCCUGGAAGACCCCGACCCCGAUAUCUCACUCACCAGACCCGACAAGCCAACCUCCAGCAUCCCAGACGGGGUCCUGAGACCAAAGGAGACCGCACCGAUCUACCCAACAUCAUCCAAAAAUGGACCAGUAAACUGGGACAAGGUUGGCGCUGACGACGAUCAGGAGGAGCACGAUGUCAAUGACUUCUUUAAAGUUCUCUACAGAGAUGCUGACCCCGAUACGCGGCGUGCGAUGAUGAAGAGCUAUCAGGAGAGUAAUGGUACCUCGUUGUCGACGGACUGGUCAGAUGUCGGUAGCAAGACAUUCAAGACGGAGCCACCUGAGGGUAUGGAGCCCAAGAAGUGGGACUCUUAA